AUGGGGAGCCAGCCGGACUCGGAGAAGAAAUUCAGGUUCUGCAUCGACAGAGGGGGCACAUUCACCGACAUCUACGCGGAGGUCCCCGGAAAGUCAACGGGCCGGGUGAUGAAGCUCCUCUCCGUUGACCCCGCCAACUACGACGACGCCCCCAUCGAGGGCAUCCGCCGCAUUCUCGAGGAGCACACCGGCCAGAAGAUCCCCCGCUCCUCCAAAAUCCCCACCGACAAGAUCGAGUGGAUCCGCAUGGGGACCACCGUCGCCACCAACGCCCUCCUGGAGCGCAAAGGGGAGAGAAUCGCCCUCUGCGUCACCCGCGGUUUCAGACAUCUCCUGCAAAUCGGGAACCAGGCCCGGCCCCACAUCUUUGACCUCACCGUCUCCAAGCCCUCCAACCUCUACGAGGAGGUCGUCGAGGCCGACGAGAGGGUUGACCUCGAUGUUGACCUUGAUGGUGGGUCAACGGCUAUGGCAGUGGAGGAGGGAGUCUCUGGGGAGCUGAUCAGGGUUAGAAAGCCGCUGGACGAGGAGGGCCUGAGGCCGCAGCUGGAGGAGCUGGUGAGGAAGGGGAUCACCUCCCUGGCCGUGGUGCUGCUUCAUUCUUACACGUACCCCAAGCACGAGCUGCAGGUGCAGCGGCUGGCGGCCGCGGCGGGGUUCCGCCACGUGUCGCUGUCCUCGGCGUUGACCCCUAUGAUCCGGGCGGUCCCACGGGGUUUGACCGCCAGUGUGGACGCCUAUCUGACCCCGGUCAUCCGGGAGUACCUUUCGGGUUUCAUGUCCAGGUUCGAGGGCGGCGGCGGGGGAGUCAACGUCCUGUUCAUGCAGUCCGACGGCGGGCUGGCGGCGGAGAGCCGGUUUUCCGGUCACAAGGCGGUGCUUUCCGGUCCCGCCGGCGGCGUUGUCGGUUACUCGCAGACGCUCUUCGGCUCGGAGACGACGAAGCCGCUCAUCGGGUUUGACAUGGGCGGCACCUCCACUGACGUCAGCCGCUAUGCUGGCAGCUACGAGCAGGUGUUGGAGACCCAGAUUGCCGGUGCCGCCAUCCAGGCGCCGCAGCUGGACAUCAGCACGGUGGCGGCGGGCGGCGGGUCAAAGCUCAAGUUCCAGUUCGGGGCCUUCCGGGUGGGGCCCGAAUCCGUGGGGGCCCACCCCGGCCCCGUCUGCUACCGCAAAGGCGGCGCUGACCUGUCGUUGACCGACGCAAACGUCGUCCUCGGGGCCGUCAUCCCCGAUUACUUCCCCUCCAUCUUCGGCCCCGCUGAGGACCAGCCGCUGGACGUGGACGCCGCACGUGAGGAGUUCCAGAAGCUCGCUGAUGAAGUCAACGCCCACCGCCGCAGCCAGGACCACACGGCGGCGCCCAUGACGGCGGAGGAAGUCGCCCUGGGGUUCGUCCACGUCGCCAACGAGGCCAUGUGUCGACCCAUUCGGCAGCUCACGGAGAUGAAGGGCCACGAGACAAGGAACCACGCGCUGGCCUGCUUCGGCGGCGCGGGCCCACAGCACGCCUGCGCCGUCGCCCGCUCCCUCGGAAUGUCCGAAGUCUUCGUCCACCGCUUCUGCGGCAUCCUCAGCGCCUACGGCAUGGGCCUCGCCGACGUCGUAGAAGACCUCCAGGAGCCCUUCGCCGCCGUCUACGGCGGCGCCGCCGCCGCCGAGGCCACCCGCCGGGCGGCGGCGUUGGCCCUCCGCGUGAGGGAGAAGCUCCGCCACCAGGGCUUCGCCGACGAGAACAUCUCCACCGAGACCUUCCUCAACCUCCGCUACGACGGCACCGACACCGCUCUCAUGGUCAAACGCGACGAGGAUGGCGGCGCCGCCGAUAUCGCCGCCGAGUUUGUGGGUCUGUUCGAGAAGGAGUACGGAUUCCGGCUGGAGGAGGAGAGGAGGAUCCUCAUCUGCGACGUGAGGGCCCGAGGAGUCGGUGCCACCACCAUCCUUAAGCCCCGGCAGCUCCCCCCCAACCCUAACCCUAACCCCAACCCUAAACCAGAGGCCCGUUGCAGAGUCUACUUCUCCGGUGGGUGGCAGGAGACACCACUGUUCAAGCUCGAGGCCAUGGCCGCCGGCGACCAGGUGCAAGGCCCGGCGAUCAUCAUGAACGGGAACAGCACCGUGGUCGUGGAGCCCGGUUGCCGGGCGAGCAUCACCAAGUACGGCAACAUCAGGAUCGAGGUGGGCGGCGACGCCAUGGCUCCGCCUGAAGAGCACGGCUCCGCCGCCGCCGCGGAGGAGGUGGUGCAGGUGGCGAUCUUCAACCACAGGUUCAUGGGGAUAGCGGAGCAGAUGGGGAGGACGCUGCAGAGGACCUCCAUCUCCACCAACAUCAAGGAGCGGCUCGACUUCUCGUGCGCCAUCUUCGGCCCCGAGGGCGGGCUGGUGGCGAACGCUCCCCACGUUCCCGUCCACCUCGGCUCCAUGUCCGCCGCCGUCCGCUGGCAGCUCCGCCACUGGGGCGGCGACCUCGCCGCCGGUGACGUCCUCCUCACCAACCACCCCGCCGCCGGCGGCACCCACCUCCCCGACAUCACCGUCAUCACCCCCGUCUUCAACAACAGCGACGAUGGCACUGGCGGCGCCGCUGGCGACGGCGGCGGAGAGAUCCUGUUCUUCGUGGCCAGCAGGGGUCACCACGCGGACAUCGGCGGCAUCACCCCUGGUAGCAUGCCGCCGUCCUCCAAGUUUCUCUGGGAAGAAGGCGCCGCCAUAAAGAGCUUAAAGCUGGUCGAGAAGGGCAUCUUCAGAGAGCACGCCAUCACCGAACUCCUCUGCCACCCUUCCGCCUCCGCCGUCUCCGGCGAGAAGGUCCCCGGCGCGCGGCGGCUGGAGGACAACCUGUCAGAUCUCCGAGCUCAGGUGGCGGCGAACCAGAGAGGGAUCGCGCUCAUCAGAGAGCUCAUCGACCAGUACGGCAUCCGCACUGUUCAGACGUACAUGACGCUGGUACAGGUCAACGCAGAGGCGGCGGUGAGGGAGAUGCUGAAGGCGGUCGCUGCCAAGCUCGGCGGCGGCGCCGCGGCUAACGCCGCCGUGACGGUGGAGGAGGAGGACUUCAUGGACGACGGCUCCGCCAUCCGACUGAAGCUCACCGUUGACCCGGCGGAGGGGUCGGCGAUCUUUGACUUCAGUGGGACCACCGAGGAGGUCUACGGCAACUGGAACGCCCCCGAGGCGGUGACGACGGCGGCGGUGAUCUACUCCCUCCGGUGCCUGGUCAACGCCGACAUCCCCCUCAACCAGGGCUGCCUCUCCCCGGUCAAGAUCCUCAUCCCCGCUGGAUCUUUCCUCUCCCCGAGCGAGAAGGCGGCUGUGGUUGGCGGCAACGUGCUGACUUCUCAGAGGGUCACCGACGUUGUGCUGGCGGCGCUGAGGGCCUGCGCGUGCUCCCAGGGCUGCAUGAACAACCUCACCUUCGGGGACGACUCCUUCGGGUACUACGAGACCAUCGGCGGCGGGGCCGGCGCCGGCCCGGGAUGGGGCGGCGCCGCCGGCGUACAGUGCCACAUGACCAACACGAGGAUCACGGACCCGGAGAUCUUGGAGCAGCGGUACCCGGUGGUGCUCCGAAGAUUCGGGGUGAGGGAGGGGAGCGGCGGCGGUGGGAGGUUCAGGGGAGGCGACGGCCUGGUGAGGGAGAUGGAGUUCCGGCGGCGGGUCGUGGUCAGCAUACUGUCGGAGAGGAGGGUCCACGCUCCCAGAGGAUUAGAGGGCGGCCGCGACGGCGCACGCGGGGUCAACGUGCUGGUGAGGAAGGACGGCCGUCGGCUGUACCUCGGAGGGAAGAACACGGUGGAGGUGGAGCCCGGUGACGUACUCCUUAUCCUCACCCCCGGCGGCGGGGGAUGGGGCCCUCCACCCCCUCCAAAUGCUGCUGCUGCGGCUAAUGCCUCUUAA